GAACGUCUUCAAGUGCUUUAAAUCUUUAAAUCUAUAAAGCCCUAUAAGUUGCACUUUUCAUCAAAAUGUCCACGCAUAAUAUAAAUAAAGAAACUUACCUACUCCGGAACACCACCCAAGGUUUAAGUAUAAUUCUGGAGGAGCCACCAACAUCAUCUAAUUUCCUCAUGUAUAACCGACUCUGCUCAAAACUGGACCAUAAUCACUUGAUGCAACCUAUUAAUGAGGCUGAGUUUGAUAGCGAAACACAAGCAUGUGUGGAUCGCAAAGCAAAUGGCUUCACAUCAUUCUACGAUCACUAUACAACUCAACCCAAAAAAAAGAAGGGCCUUGACAUCGGGUGUGAAUGCCACCUACCAGGUGAAAGUGAUCAGAGUCAAAUGGAUUUUCUCCAAGUUCCACCACAAAAAAAUGUACCGAAUGCUAGCAUUCCUCCGCAUUCGUUAAGCGAUCCUGUGGUUCGUCGCUUGGCGACGGGUGCGAUGCCACCCUUUUCUUGAAUCAAUGUAAUCUGAUACGAUUUUAAAAUAUGCUUGUGUGUAUAUCCAGAGAAAAUCAAAAAACAAGGGUUUUCAAGGUGUUUCCCCGUUAUUUUCGUCUUGUUGUGAUCUGCUGCUUUCAUACCAUUUCUGGAAAGGAAGCUUUGUUGAAGCGAUAUGAAUAAAUCUUGUCUUGAACAUCAAAAAUUUCACUUUCUUAACAAUUUCAUUUUUUUCCUGGUGUAUUGUGCUACCAGAUAUAUGACAUUCUCAAGUAUAUAUCAUGUGUCAGUGCAAGGGUGAUUCUUUCUUUCAUUACAUAUGAAUACUAUUCGUGGAAAAUAGAGACUCCUCCAUUGAUAGAAUGAUCUUGCUGUGUAUAAAAUUUCAAUCUAUCGUUAUAACGUAUUUAAAAAGAAAAACAGAAGCAUUCCUUUCUUUCUUGUAGCUCUCCUAUGUUGUGACUGAUGUUAU